UCCCUCUCUCUCUCUCUCUUUGGAUGUUUGGAACAUAAUACACAAGAGCCAUGACGGGUCGUAGAGACGGGCCAUUGAUGAGACACUACGGACAAUCGAUGCGUGGAUCGAAAAUCGCUGGUGCCAUUGCCAUCGGAAUUCUUCUCGGAUGCGUCUUUGCCUUCUUGUUCCCCAAUGGAUUUUUUCGAUCUAAUCCAUUAAUUCAAGGCCGUCGAACUGGAAAAGCCAGUCUUGAGGUUGAUUCUUGUGAGUCGUCCGAACGGAUCAACUUGUUGAAGUCUGAGUUUGUGUCCGUGUCGCAGAAGAAUUCAGAGUUGAAGAAACAGGUUAGGGAAUUGACUGAAAAGCUUCAGUUGGCUGAACAAUCAAAGGAUCAGGCAGAGAAGCAGGUUGAAGUCAUAGGGGGAAAGAUUAAAGCUGGCCCAUUUGGUACUGUAAAGGGUUUAAGAACCAAUCCAACUGUUGUUCCCGAUGGAUCUGUGAAUCCAAGAUUGGCUAAGAUGCUUGAGAAAGUAGCUGUUCAAAGAGAACUUAUAGUUGCAUUGGCAAAUUCCAAUGUGAAGGAAAUGUUGGAGGUCUGGUUCACUAACAUCAAGAGAGUUGGCAUACCAAAUUAUUUGGUUGUUGCUCUUGAUGAUGAGAUUGUCAAUUUCUGCAAAUCAAAGGAUGUUCCCGUGUACAAAAGAGACCCUGAUAAGGGCAUUGACUCAGUCGCAAGGACAGGAGGCAACCAUGCUGUCUCAGGUUUGAAGUUCCGUAUCCUGAGGGAGUUCUUGCAGCUGGGCUACAGUGUUCUCCUCUCAGAUGUUGAUAUUAUAUACUUGCAGAACCCAUUCAAUUAUCUUUAUCGGGACUCAGAUGUGGAGUCUAUGACUGAUGGCCACAAUAAUAUGACGGCCUAUGGGUACAAUGAUGUUUUCGAUGAGCCUGCAAUGGGUUGGGCCAGAUAUGCACAUACAAUGCGAAUAUGGGUUUUCAACUCUGGCUUCUUUUAUAUAAGGCCUACAAUUCCUUCAAUUGAGCUGCUGGAUCGUGUCGCUGGUCGGCUUUCUCAGGAACCACACUCUUGGGAUCAGGCAGUUUUCAAUGAAGAACUCUUUUACCCCUCACACCCUGGCUAUGAUGGACUUCAUGCAUCCAGGAGAACUAUGGAUUUUUAUCUCUUUAUGAACAGCAAAGUUCUUUUUAAGACUGUGAGGAAGGAUGCUAAGCUAAGCAAGCUCAAGCCUGUCAUCAUUCAUGUGAAUUACCAUCCGGAUAAGCUUCCGAGAAUGAAAGCAGUUGUGAGCUUCUAUGUCGAUGGCAAUCAAGAUGCGUUAAAAGACUUCCCUGAUGGUUCAGAUUGGUAGAACUUAUUCUGGACUCUCAAGACACCACUUCAGUGGUUUCCUAUUUGGUGCAUUUAGUGAUCUUCUUGGGCAAAUUCUGCAAAAUCAACAGAUAGGUUAACCAAUCACUUUUUUUUGAGAACUAUGUGAAAUAUGAGUGUUGCUUCCAAAAGAGUUGGUUUAUAUUGUGAAAUUUUCUUUUGUUAAUGUCAUAACUUUCUGUGAUUUUUUUUAGAUAGUCUACUUCCCAUGUAGGACCUAAUGUGCCAUAUCUAGAGAAAUAUGAUAGGGCUUCAUUAUGGAAGAGGUCAAGUGUUUUUAUUUUUUUAAACUUGUAUUGCGUCACAUUACACUGUAUUAAUCACUCUGGUUCUGUAUUGAUUUUACUUGAACUGAAAAUGAAGCUGGACUUUUUGAAGACCUG